CACUGCUGUAUGUCACUCUGGACGAGGUAGCAUCGUUUCGAGUUUCAAGAUGGCGACCGGAUAUACAUGAAAGGUCAACGAGAAGAGGCCAACGGCCACAGGUCAGCCAUAAGUUGGCUAGGUCGACUAUAAGCGUAGUGCGAGAUGAUAGUGAAUAUGAUAAGCAGCAACUUGACCGUUGUAAACGCGAACUGGAAGGUCUUGGGGCCGAGGAGAUGAAACUCGACCAAAGAUUACUUGAGGCGAAGACUACCCUACACAGCGCGACCCACGAUUCGGAAAUGAGCAAAUAUCCCUUUUUCAAUGUAUUAAAAUCGAAUUGAUUCUGGUGUCCAUUGCUAGAAAAAUCUCAUUUUUCUAAUGAGAGUCCAUAUGUAUUACCGCUUAAUGUAAUAAAAUUCGCCGCUUAAUGUAAUGAAACUUUUCCGCUAAAUGUAAUACUAACCGUUGAUGUAUUAACAAAAAUGAACGCUUAAUGCAAUAAUGGACCUAGCGCUCAAGGUUACGGUUCACGUUCACAAUGUCGACAAAUGUUUAUCUGCAAAAAUGAUUGGUUUAAGUCACUAUCUAUGGUACUAAAAAUAGCCGGAAAUAGCCAAAAUUUGAAUACGGCAAAUUUGAGAUAAAAUAUCUCUUUAUUGGAAUACGAUAUGGAUAAAGUGAGAUAUAAUUUUGAAGAUUGACAUGUGCUGAUGGAAAUAAGACGUAUUAUGUUUACCUAGGCGCAUUUUCCUUUAAGACAGUAUGGUUUUGCCUAUUUCGGCCCCUAACUAAGGCUUAAGGCAAACGUCGAACCGAACUUGAACCGGAUCAAUUUAAUAACUGGUGCUUGUCAGAGUAGAGCUUAUUUCCAGUGGCGGCAUACAUCGAUCCUAUUUCUUAGGAGACAAUUGAGUUUGAUUUCAUACUUUUGUGGAAUUUGCACGAAAUAAUUUAUUGUGACUAUUACGAUUUCAUUAUUGUCUCAGAACAAAAGAAUAUAAGGGAAUAUGCACUUUCCCAUACGAGCGUGCUCAGCUAGGGAAAUAUAAUCAUUACCGACCAAUACAUUUAAAAUAAGCACAUUUGUUGCACAUCGGUAAUUCGCAUUUCAGGUACGCAUUUGUGCCUUCAAAGCAGGGCCAGCAUAACAAAAUUGAAUUUUGUGCUGACUUCUGUAGCUUCGCCAUAUUGUUGGUCAGUUCGUAAAGCGCAUGCUCUUUAAGGGGGACCCGGCUUUUAUUUUGUGGGCGAGAGGGUGCACUAACAGAUUUUGUUCAAAGGUUUGAAUUUGAAUCAAAUAUUUUCUCAUUUACAUAAUAUAUUUAUCUUAUUCGGUUCAAGUAUAAUAUGACCUAUGCCGCCAGGCCUCACCAGACACGAUUCGAUUCGACUAAGCACUUGUCCGAACUUUCGCGGGUUGCUAGAUUGGACUUUGACCCCGUAAAAACGCACGUGACCUUCAACGCCGAAAGGUUGAAUUAGGUACAUGUUCGGUUCGACGUAUGCCUUAAGCCUAAGAAAUAAAAAACUUCUCAUAGGAAAAAGCCAUGGGUGGAUGCUCAACUGAUGUAUCUUACUCCGAAAAGUUUUCGCGGGCAAGGCUUUGGCUGAAAACGCUUCGCAGCCCAAUCAAGAUAAACGUUAUCCGUCCAAACCCCCUGUCAACAUUCACUACCACAGCAAGACCAAACUCCCAGUCAACAUUUACUACCUCAGACAUACCAAACUCCCAGUCAACAUUUACUACCUCAGAAAGACCAAACUCCCAGUCAACAUUUACUACCACAGCAAGACCAAACUCCCAGUCAACAUUCACUACCACAGCAAGACCAUUUCAGCCAACAUUCACUACCACAGCAAGACCAAAAUCCCAGUCAACAUCCACAACCACAGCAAGACCAAACUCCCUGUCAACAUUCACUACCACAGCAAGACCAUUGCAGUCAACAUUCACUACUACAGCAAGACCAUUGCAGUCAACAUUCACUACCACAGCAAGACCAUUCCAGUCAACAUUCACAACAACAGAGAGACCAAACUCCCAGUCAACAUUAACCCAAAUAGGACCAAUGCCCAAGUCAACAGUCAAUGCUACAGCAAGACCAAAUCCACAUUCAGCAUUUACUACAACAGCAAGACCAAACCCCUAUUCAACAAUUGGCAGUCGGUAUCAAGAAACACGAAAUACUCCUAUUGGAAUUCCCUCGAAUACAAGGUUAAGUGAUCCGGCACCCCAACAGACUUGUUCGACAGCAUAUGAUAACACCGGAGGCACAUUUGAUUUAAUGGCAUGCAACCAAACUCCCUUAGAGGGUGCAGAUCAUAAAAAGCUAAGGAUAUGCAUGGAGAACAACGAGGAAAUUCUGACGGAUUAUUUCUCUGAUAUUGUUAUGAGUGGGGGGUAUUACGAAGAUUUUACGCCAUUUAAUCCUGAAAUGCAACUGGGAGAUAUGCAGGACUAUUUCAACCAGUCCCUCUUGAAUGAAACUUUCUUCUGGUCUGAAGCUUCAGACCAGAAAAAUCAGUGGAGAUCUGAUAAUCCGGGUAUGAGUAACUAUGCAGAGACAGCAACAGAGUCAAGCAUGAUGCCAUUGUAUGACGUUAUUCAUCAGCUGUGACAAUGUGAGUACAAAGGUGAAAUGAAAGUGAUAUCACCUCAAGAACACUAAAUAACAUUAGUUUCCCAAUUAAAACCGCAAUUCUCGCUACUGCUUGUAUUACAGAUUAUGGCUAAACACGCUUUUGAGACUUAUACUUGAAAACGAGAAAAAAAAUAUAUAUAUAUAAACUAAGUAUUAUCAUCAGAGUUGGAAAUACAAUUUUUGUACAUAUCAUCAAUAAUAAUCUUAAAUCUUUAAGAAAAAAAGUUAUGUUAGCCUCUUCUAACAUAAAUUCGUAAACAGAUUUCUGUAAAUAAUAAGUAUUCUUUACGAAACCCUUAGAUUCGCAUGGUUUUGCCACAAAAAUAGAUCUUUGUUGAAAGCUGUAUUGUUGUCACUUCAGUGAACCUAUGGAAUAAUAAAGAAAUCGAAUGUUUCAUAAUAUUAUUGAUGAUAAGUACAAAAAAUUGUAUUUCCAGGAAAAGUGAUGUCUUUUUAAUCUUGUGCGUUUAUCGGAUAGCAUGAUCAUUACGGCGAUAAACACAGGAAAAAUGCCCUAAAAACCAUAUUGGGUUUUCAACAAUUUCCAUUAAAAAAAUAUACAAAAUGGAUUUGAUCUUGGUUAUUACUUAUCCAAUCUUGGGUUUUACCUAAAACUCAUUGCAAAAAUACGUUUAUCAACAAUGGGUUCUAGCUUGUAAAAAACAACUGCAAACCAAUAUGGGUUUUAAGCAAAAAAUAUUUAUGGAUUAUGCAUUUCCAACAAUGGGUUAUAGCUUAUAAAAAACGACCUCGAAUCAGUAUGGUUUUUAUGCAAAAACCAUUCAUGGUUUAUGCAUUUCCGACAAUGGGUUUUAGCUUGUAAAAACCCUACCCGAAUCAACUAUGGGUUUUACGCGAAAACCAUUCAUGGUUUAAGCAUCUCCGACAAUAAGUUAUAAGUUGUAAAAACCGACCUCGAACCAAUAUGGAUUUUAAUUGAAAAAUAUUCAUGGUUUAUGCAUUUCAAAAAAAUGGCUAUAACUUGUAAAACACAACCUCGAACCAAUAUGGGUUUAAGCGAAAACCACUCAUGGUUUAUACAUUUCCAACAAUGGGUUUUAACUUGUUAAAACCAACCUCGAACCAAUAUGGGUUAAAGCGAAAACCAUUCAUGGUUUAUACAUUUCCAACAAUGGGUUUUAACUUGUAAGAACCAACCUCGAACCAAUAUGGCUUUUACUCGGAAACCAUUAAUGGUUUAUGCAUUUCCAACAAUGGGUUUUAGCUUGUAAAAACCAACCUCGAACCAAUAUGGGUUUUACUCGAAAACCAUUCAUGGUUUACGCAUUUCCAACAAUGGGUUUUAGAUUGUAAAAACCAACCUCGAACCAAUAUGUGUUUUAAGUGAAAACUAUUCCUGGUGUAUGUAUUUCCGACAAUAGGUUAUAAGUUGUAAAAACCGACCUCGAACCAAUAUUGAUUUUAAUUGAAAAAUAUUCAUGGUUUAUGCAUUUAAAAAAAACGGCUAUAAAUUGUAAAAAACAACCUCGAACCAAUAUGGGUUUAAGCGAAAGCCAUUCAUGGUUUAUACAUUUCCAAAAAUGGGUUUUAACUUGUUAAAACCAACCUCGAACCAAUAUGGGUUUAAGCGAAAACCAUUCAUGGUUUAUACAUUUCCAACAAUGGGUUUUAAUUUGUAACAACCAACCUCGAACCAAUACGUGUUUUUUCUCGAAAACCAUUCAUGGUUUAUGCAUUUCCUACAAAGGGGUUUUAACUUGUAAAAUCAAACCUCUAACCAAUUUGGGUUUUGUUUAUUUCUGACGACAGUUGAUAACAUGCAAAGUCGCCACUAAUUUGAUACAUAGUUUUUCACAAUUAAUAAAGGGGUAUCAGUAGCUUGUAAAAAAUGACAUUGAACUAAUAUGGGUUUUAAGCGAAAACCAUUCCUUUCCAACAGCUUAUAAAAGCUACCAACUAUCGAACGUCAAAUUAUUUACUGGUUACUGACCCCCCACCGCUCUGGAAUUUCCAUUUUGGGUACCAAUUUUGACCCCCCCCCCCCCCUGAUUUUCCAAAUAAAGUACUAGGUACCCCCACCCCUUUUGGGAUUCCUAGGCGUUUGACACCCCACGCCCCCGGAAUUUCCGAUCAACCCAUUGGGGGUAUGGAUAUUUCCUGGCAUAACUAAAUAUUUGCUGAAUUUACAAGUUUAGAGCAAAGGUUAAGAUAUUUAAGAUAUAAGACCUUAUAUUGAUUACAUGUAUCAAUCGCGUGACAAGGCGAGACCGGUGUUUUCCUGUCGUUUAUGUCUUCUUUCUGAUAGCCAUUUAGGACUAUCGAAAAUUACAGAAAAGCAUAUCGUUUCCUUUUCCAUUUAACUAGCCCCAAAAAGUGUUCGCAAUAUUCAUGUUAAGGGCGUGUUCCCAUAUAGUCGUCACGGUCGCCGCGAUUGCCAGAAAAAAGUUUAUAUAGAAACACUCUGAAACAGUUAUCUGGCGUUCCAAGAAGACAUGAUAGAACAGUGCUCUAACUUCAAUAACCAUUUCCGUUUUAAAUAUGGGGUUUUCAGAAAAACACAAACAGAAUAUUGUUUUUUGAGUACGGUUGUAAAUAUUGUGGUUGGAAUUUUUUUUUGUUGGAAUUUUUAACAAACAGUUGGAGAUUUUUCAAUUAGUGAGUAAUUUUAAAACCAGUUGGAAACUCUCCAACCAGUGCCAAAUUUGGAAAACCUCAAAAGUACCAGGCAUUGGUUCCUUGGGUUUACGUUAGCGUUACGGUUGGGUAAUUCUUUGUGAAAAUAAACUUUGGGUAACAAAA